UACUUUCCUGAUGACAUGCUAGUGGGACAGGAGAGUAAUUUCAUACAAGCACAUAUGUUUCCUCUACUCAACUGACUUUGACCUUUUCCGAAAGGAGGCGAGGAGAGGACGCAAGGAAUAGAGCAAUCCAAUUGAGAUUCUCCCAGUGUGUUUAUGGUGGAGGAAAGCAUGAGAUCUUCAAAGCCUUUGUGAAGGAAUGACUGACCCUUGGACCAAGGCCUGGUUAAAGCCUGUCUUCAACAAUGAUCAGCCAAUGAGGGAUCAAGGGAGCUGAAUGACCCAUGUGUUUAAUUACUGUAUAGGAUACCUGUGUCAAGUAUACGUAUGGACCUAUGUUAGGAUCAUUUGUGUGCCUAUAUGAAUGCAGAUUCUACAAUGUCACGGAGAUCUUGGAUUGAAGACACCUUCUGCAAGAGAGAAUGUGGUAAAUUCAUCCCAGCAUGCCGAGACCUACACAGAUGUUUUCCAAUGUGUCAAGUAUGCCAAAACCUAAUAAGAUGCUGCUGUGGACGUCUGGUAGGGGAGCACACCUUGCUGGAGACUGGCCCUUCCAUGUCCAGCUGGCCUGGGCCUGGGACAGGGCAGCAAGAGGAGUGGUCAGUGGAGUGCCACACACAAACCAGUGCCACUGAUGCCUACGGAACCAUUGACUUCCAGGACAGUGCUGGACGUAACUGCCAUGCCAAGUACGUUCGUGUUGCGGUCGAUGCCAAGGCUGAGGCUCUGCUACAGCUGAUGCGGAGUGAAUGGCAGAUGGAACGGCCUAAACUACUGCUGACGGUUCAUGGAGGGACAGAGAACUUCCCCCUCCCUCUCAAGGUUAGACAGGCCUUCAGCAAAGGCCUGAUCACAGCAGCCCAGAGCACUGGAGCCUGGAUACUCACAGACGGCAUCAACACAGGUGUGUCCCGGUACGUAGGGGAGGCUGUGAAAACAUAUGGCACCCAUGACCUCAGGAAGAGGAACGCUGUAGGGGUCACGCCCUGGGGCGUAAUUGACAAUCACAGUGACCUUAUAGGGAGAGAUGUGCUCAGGCCCUACCAGCCUCUGGGAAACCCCUUGAGUAAGAGGGUGUGUCUGAACGGCCUGCACUCCCACUUCCUGUUAGUGGACGAUGGAACUCUGGGAAAACAUGGCUGCCAGCUGGGACUGAGGAGGAAGCUGGAGAGACACAUUCAACUGCAGAAGAUCCACCCUCGGCUUAACCAGGGUGUACCAGUGGUGUGUGUGGUGGUGGAGGGCGGCCCUGACAUUGUGUCCAUGGUGCUGGAGUACGUGAGCAGUGUGCCCCCCAUGCCUGUGUUUGUCUUCGAGGGAUCAGGUCGGGCAGCUGACCUGCUGGCAUUCUUACACAAACAGACUGCUAUUGACAGGCAGCUGGACACAGACAUCCAGGAGGACUUCCUGCUGAGGAUAGGGGGCAUGUUUGGUCUGGAGAGAGCAGACGCCAGCCAGCUCUACAACCUUCUGAUGGAGUGUAUGGACUACAGACAGUCUAUCACAAUCUUCGACUCGGAAUCUGAGGAUCAACAGGAGGCAGACUGUGCCAUUUUGACGGCCACAUUGAAAGGCACCAAGACGUCUCCUGGGGAGCAGCUCAGUACAGCUCUGGCAUGGGACCGAGCAGACAUAGCUAAAAAACACAUCCUGGUGUAUGGCCAGCACUGGCAGGUAGGCUCGUUGGAGCAGGCCAUGCUGGAUGCUCUGGUUAUGGACCGGGUCGGCUUUGUCAAACUGCUGAUCGACAACGGUAUGACCAUGAACCGCUUCCUGACCGUGUCACGCCUGGAAGAACUCUAUAACACACAGCAGGGACCAACAGACAAUUUUCUCCAUCUUCUCGUGGAAGAUGUGAAACAGACCCAUAUACCUAAAGGAUACAGAGUCUCCCUCAUAGAUGUGGGGCAGGUAAUUGAGUAUCUGAUAGGAGGAGCCUAUCGGAGCACAUACACACGGAAACACUUCCGGGCCCACUAUAACCUCCUAUAUGCCCAUUGCAAGGAGACUGGACGGGAUAGUUCAGGACCCCUUAACAAAAAGAGGAGGGCAGACUGCACCCUCCACCCGCACCAAAGCCCUAACAGCAGUCCGUCAAGGCCACCCUUCUUCCGCACUGCUCAGCCCUAUAAACGCAAGGAAAGAUCCAUGGCGCUUAGGGACCUGAAGGUGGCCCAGCAGCAGAGCUCCGAGCUGGGCGACUCUCCACUGUUUGUUUACAACUUCAAUGACCUGUUUGUGUGGGCCGUGCUGCAGUGGCGGCAGCAGAUGGCGCUGUUCCUGUGGCAGCACGGGGAGGAGGCCAUGGCCCGGGCUACAGUGGCGUGUAAACUGUACCGUGCCAUGGCCUACGAGUUUCAGCAGAGCAACAUGGAUGACACCACGGCGGAGCAGCUCAAAACCUACUCUAUGGACUUUGGUCAGCUGGCGGUGGACGUGCUGGACCGUGCCUUCAGACAGAACGAGCACAUGGCCAUGAAACUGCUGACUUCGGAGAUGGAGGCCUGGAGCCACUUCACCUGCUUGCAGAUGGCUGUGUCCUCCCGGCUCCGCCCCUUCGUCUCCCACUCCUGCACCCAGAUGCUGCUCACCGACCUGUGGACCGGCCGCCUCAACAUGAGGAAGAACUCCUGGUUCAAGAUUAUCCUGAGCAUCCUCAUGCCCCCUGCCAUCCUGCUAUUGGAGUUUAAGAGCCAGGCAGAGAUGUCCCAUGUGCCACAGUCCCAGGAGGCUUUGCAGUUUGGUUGGGACACGGGAAGACCAGAGGCAGCCCAGGAGGGGGGGCAUACGGAUGGCCAGGAUGCGGAGAAGGGAUCAGCGUGGUGGGAGACUCGCCCAGUCCCCGAAGCUGACACAAUCACACCUGUUACCACCCAGUGUUACUUCUGGACCAGGAGGCUGUACGAUUUCUACACAGCUCCUGUCGUCAAGUUCUGGUUCCACACGAUGUCCUACUUGGCCUUUCUCAUGCUGUUCUCCUACACUGUUCUGGUAAAGAUGGAGGACCGGCCCAGCACUCAGGAGUGGCUGGUCAUUGCCUAUAUUAUAUCCACUGCUGUGGAGAAAACAAGAGAGGUGUUCAUGUCAGUGCCGAGGAAACCCAGUCAAAAGCUGAAGGUGUGGUUUGGAGAGUACUGGAAUGUGACUGACUUCCUGGCCAUCGUCCUCUUCCUGGUGGGGCUGGGGCUACGCUGGGACAGUGGGUCCUACCGGACUGCCGGGCGGAUCACCUACUGCCUGGACAUCAUCUUCUGGUAUGUUCGGGUGCUGGACCUGCUGGCCGUCAACCAACAUGCCGGGGCCUACCUCACCAUGAUCACCAAGAUGACCAGUAACAUGUUCUACAUUGUGGUGAUGAUGGUGAUUGUGCUGCUGAGUUUCGGCGUGUCCAGGAAGGCCAUCUUGUCUCCAGACGAAGCUCUGUCAUGGAGCCUGCUCAGAGAUGUGGUCAACCAGCCGUACUGGAUGAUGUUUGGAGAAGUGUACGCAGGCGAAAUAGACACCUGUGCAGGUGACACGCCGUGUGUCCCAGGUGCCUUCCUCACCCCCUUCCUCCAGGCCGUCUACCUCUUCUUCCAGUAUAUCAUCAUGGUCAACAUCCUCAUUGCCUUCUUCAACAAUGUCUACUUUGACAUGAAGUCCAUAUCCAAUAAGCUGUGGAAGUACAACCGCUACCGUUACAUCAUGACCUAUCAGGAGAAGCCGUGGCUGCCCCCGCCCCUUAUCAUCCUGAGUCACAUGACCCUGUGUGUGACUGCCAUUUACCGGAAACACAGAGGCUCGUCCGAGCAGGAGAGGGACUCAUGUGGGCUUAAGCUUUACCUGGGCCAAGAGGACCUGAAGAGGCUGCAUGAGUUUGAGGAGAGGUGUUUGGUGUCGUAUUUCCACGAGAAAAACCAAGAUGUUCUCUGCAGCCAGAUCAACAGGGUACGAGCCACUGCAGAAAGGGCUGAGGAGAUGGGUGUGGUUAUGGGCGAGGUGUCGGACAGGGUCCACUUCAUCCAGGAUACCCUGCAGGUGCUGGACAGCCAGCUGGGUCAGCUGCAGGACCUGUCCGCCCUGGCCGUGGACACCCUCACCCUCCUAUCGGCCUCCGAUAGCCUGCAGCAGGAGGAGGCCCGCCUAGGCCACUGCCGGCCAAUCACCCCCUCCCGUCACCAUGUUCCCCACAGCUGGACCCUCCCCCACGGAGGUGGAGGCAGUGUUGACAUCAUGCCCUGCCACACCCCUAGGGCCUACCGCAGCACCCCACCCUCCCUGCUGUGGGGCCACACCUCCCGCAGCCAACGCCUGUCACUGGAGUGGCACACGGGGGUAUGGGGGGCCGGCGACCAUGGAGGGCAGGGGACUGGUGAGUCUUGUGUGCCUUCCCGCUGUGGCUCUCCCCCGUACCCUUCGGCCUGGGCUAUAGACAGUUCUCUGGAACCCCCCCACGGCAAACCCAGGGUCUGCUGCGACCCUGAGAUGUCCAUGGAAGAGGAAGGGGAGGGGUUUGGGAAGUCAUUUGAUGUGAAUGUGUCCAGGGCCUCUAGUCGAGCCUUCCUGUUGUCGGACACCCAGGAUGAGAGAGGCUGUGGGGCCAGGGGUUUGGUGAACCCUGCCUUCUGUAAGGACGACGACCCUGGGGCAGUUCACUCCAGACAGGGCCAGUGGGGCAGGAAGCGUCCUCACCGGUGGGCGGGUCUGUCCAGGGACUGGCCCUACAGUCACAGCCGCUCUCUCUCCUCUAGCAUGGAAAACAUGGCUCUCACUGGUGUCCCCCUGAGCCAGCUACGAGCCUCCUUCCCCGCUCUCGAUUGCCUGUCGGAGGGGGGACGGUGCACAGCUGACAUACCCCUUGGCUGCAGUAAAAGCAGAGAGUGGUCCAACUGGUUUGACCUGGCAGUGACCUCAGGGAGCAGAGAGAGGUGUCAGGGCAGGAAGACAGUCAAGAUCCUGGAGGAGAAAUCUUCAGACGCUGGGAAAGAGGUGGACUCAUACCUCUCUGACGUGUGCAGAAAGAGGAGGCGCAGGGGAGGAGAGCCUGUGUGCUGGUCUGCCUCUGCCAGCCUCAACCCGCUCAAUUCUGAACCCAUGGAUUCAUUGCAGAAAGUAGCUUUUUCACGUCAGCAGGACUCCAGUCAGUCCGUGUGGACCAGCUGGGCCUGCUCUGUCAACUGCAGGUCCUCAGUGCGGAGUGGGAUCGCACCUGAAGAAGACCUGGACCCACACUACUCAGCCAUGGAAAGGAACAACCUGAUGAGGCUUGCUCACACCAUACCUUUCACACCUGUCUCCACAAUGGUGGGAGAGGAGGUGAGUGUCUACUCCCUGGAGGAGGUGGAAGUUGCAGGCCCGGAGUCCUCCAUAUCCUCCUGGUCAUCCCAGGGGCUGUCUGCGGUGCUGCAGCCGCUGUCCAGCGAGGGCUGUCUGGAUGGGGGGCUGCGCAGGGCCACGCUCGUACUUUGCACCUGGGCCGAGAGGGACGUCCUGAGGGUGGGCUGCGUGUAUGUGGUCAAAGCCAUCCAGCCCGAUGUGGUCCGCACCUGGCAGAGGGUCUUCCACAGCGACACCCCCCUCCAGCUCUGUCUGCGGGAGAUACAGCAACAGAGAGCUGCUCAGAAACUCAUGCAUGUGUUCAACCAAGUAAAACCAGAAAACAUGCCUCAUUCUCCCAGGUUCCUGGACAUGUCUCUUCUUCACUGGCACUCAGACGGCCAGUGGUUGACCAUCGAGAGAAACAUGACGGGAGACUUCAGGAAGUACAAUACUAACACAGGAGAGGAGAUCGCACCCUGCUGUGGGAUGGAGGAAAUGCUCCUGGCCUUCUCCCACUGGACCUACCAAUACUCCUGCAAGGAACUGCUGGUGUUGGACUUACAGGGAGUGGGAUCGGAGCUUACAGACCCAUCGGUCAUCCGAGCAGAAGACAAAAGCUCGAGUGAUGACAUGGUGUUUGGUCCUUCUAACCUGGGAGACGCUGCCAUCCACAGCUUUGUCAUCAAGCACACCUGCAACUCCUGCUGCGAGAACCUCGGACUCUCAGAUUUGAGGAGGAGCACGGACAUCCACAGGAAAACAGAACACAGGUCUUUUGAAAAGGAGAGUGGAUUGAUCAUGACUAGGAUGUAACCUCUGAUCCGGAAGCAGAAGUACGCCAUCCUAACCUCUAAUCCGGAAGCAGAAGUAUGCCAUCCUAACCUCUGAUCCGGAAGCAGAAGUACGCCAUCCUAAACUCUGAUCCGGAAGCAGAAGUACGCCAUCCUAACCUCUGAUCCGGAAGCAGAAGUACGCCAUCCUAACCUCUGAUCCGGAAGCAGAAGUACGCCAUCCUAACCUCUGAUCCGGAAGCAGAAGUACGCCAUCCUAAACUCUGAUCCGGAAGCAGAAGUACGCCAUCCUAACCUCUGAUCCGGAAGCAGAAGUACGCCAUCCUAACCUCUGAUCCGGAAGCAGAAGUACGCCAUCCUAACCUCUGAUCCGGAAGCAGAAGUAUGCCAUCCUAACCUCUGAUCCGGAAGCAGAAGUACGCCAUCCUAAACUCUGAUCCGGAAGCAGAAGUACGCCAUCCUAACCUCUGAUCCGGAAGCAGAAGUACGCCAUCCUAACCUCUGAUCCGGAAGCAGAAGUACGCCAUCCUAACCUCUGGUUCAGGUGGGAUGAAGUUGCCCUUAAAGCAUAGACACUGAUUUAAUGUCAGUUUUGUGUUUUCCUCCCCAAAUGGUUAUGGUUAGGAUCUGGGGAAGCUAAGCGGAUCCAGAGGUGUACAAGGGUAACUUCUACCAGGAAUGAAAGCACUCACUUGGUUGGUUUGAAUGGAUAGUGUACAUUGUGUAGCUCUAUGUGGACUAAAUCUUGUGUUAGAUGUCUGGUAGGGCUUUUGUUGUAACAGCAGUUUACAUUGCAGAAGUCUCAGCAGCAAGCCAGAUGCUGUAGUCUUGCAUUCAUUCCGCCUAUGGAGUGCAUAGUGGAGGGACGCCGCAGUGUCUGUUGUACCACAGGUAACCUAUUAAUCAAUCAAACACUUUGCCUUAUUGUAAUGUUAUGUAUCAUUAGACAUGAUGCAGAGGGCAUUCUAGGAAGGUGUUUCCAUUCACCAAGAUAUCAUUUGUUUGUUCUCUGUUCUGUUUAAAUUAACUCCUGGUUAAUUUUGAAAUGAGCACCACUUUUACCAUCUUUUCAUAUCAUCUGAGGAAUGUUUAUACCAGUUGUCAUGUUUUUAUCUGUUGCAUAACAGUUUUUAUGGUGAAAUACCAGCUAUUAUGGCAGCCAUUUUGAAUGUUCACAAUAACUCACCUUCCUAGUUAAGUUUCAAACGGGCAGACCUUCUGGGAUGUUUUCAGAUCACCCGAGGAAUUUUUGUACCAAAUGUCAUGCUUAUAUCUGCUUCGUAAUGUUUAUUUUUUAUUAAGGCCUCAGACUAUUAGGGUAUUUCAAGUGUUAUACUCUUGACAUAAUAUUCUUACCAAACCUAGCUUGGUUUAUUCAAUCUUAUACACAUUCACAGCUAAAAGCUGAACUACAAGCGUAGCAAGGAAAAGCUGUAUUUAAGUGACAUGUUGAAACCCUUGAAAGGAAACCAUCUUCAGAGUCAUGCACCAUGUUCUUCAGUCUGGACUCAAAACUGGAUGUUAAACAAAACUUGAUUUAGAACAAAUUAUUCAUCAGAGUCAAAACUACAAUCUGGGAUUUGUUUUUCAGCAAAACAUCCCCUCUUAAUGUCACCAAUAUAUAUUUUCCUGUUUUCAAACACUGUUGUGCAUGUGUGAAAUCAUAUUUUCGUAUUUAGCAAUGCUGAAAUAUAUUGUUAUGCUGAUUAUGUUAACAAGUGAUUACAUGGAAAAAACUACAAUUAAGCAUUUACACAGCUGGACUGAAGCAUGGCUUAUGUUAUGGCUUAAAUUCAGAAUGAAAACACUAAUACAAGAAUAACAAAAUCUGGUCUCUUGAUCGUUGGAAUUCACACUGCUCAGACUCAGAUUAUUCAAAUUAUCACAAUGGAUAGCACAUCUUUUUUGUUGUUGUUGCUAUAGUCCUUCACUUAAAGAGCAGUUCUGAAGAGUAUCGAACCCUUAAAAUGACAGUUUGUUUGUCCACAAAAACUCGACAUAAAAUCAAUUCACUUUGUGUGUGUGUGUGUGCAGAACAAUGGAAAAAGAACGAGCCAGAAAUACAUCCAUAAAAUUUCCUUUAUUUUUCUUCCCACAAAGAAAUGUCUACAAAAGCGUUAAAAUAUAGAAUUUAACAAAACUCACUUCAGACCUUGAGUUGAUUAUUUACAUCUCGAAGGAGGAGACACUGAGAAAGCUCAGGACAACUCAGAACUUCGACACAACUGGAUCAUCAAAGCUCUUAAUUUAUGAACACACACACACACACACACACACACACACACACACACACACACACACAGGUCUACAUGUAAGCUUUGGGGACAUAAAGCUGUGUCAAAGUUCCGAGGUUCGAUCCGACUCACGAAGUGAAAAAUGCAAACAUACAAACAAAUAAUUCAAUGUAAUCAAAUACACACUUGCCUCAAAAUUCCCCUUUUUGAUUGGUUCUCAAGUAAACUCACACAGUAAAGAAACUAUUUCCCAUUUCGCUAAUCCAGCUCCUCCUCUCUAACUAUGGCACUUGAAAAAACAUUUCUUUUUUUGUUUUAGUUAGUCCGUUUAAAAGUGUUUGUACCCCAAGUACCUUUUUUAAGGGUUUUGGUCACAGAUGCUGCACUUACUGUACUUGACUUUCUCAUCAUGGGACGCAAAGACAUUCUAAUGAAUAAAUAAAACAUGUUUAACACUA